AUUCGUUCCUUGUUUGAGAUUAUUUCUUUACACGAAUAUGUCAGAAUCUCACAAAAAGGGCUACCACGCCACGUGACAUUAGUCCACCACAGUUAAAAUUAUAGUCCUACAUUCAUUGCAAGGUCUGCACUACAGGUGUAUAAAGACUUUCAGUUUGAAUGUCUAUUGAAAGCUACUUAGCGUUUGUUAUGAUAAUAAUAACACCUGCAGAAUCCGAACACGUAUUAACUACAUUGAAAUAUUCAAGUCGCUACCGCGUUAAGCCUACAGUAGUGAAUGGUGUAACCGCAGAGUCUGGAGAAACACCUUACGUCGUGUCUAUAAAAGAACCUCAAAUAGAAAUUGGCCAAGUGGAAAAGUAUUGGAGCAAUAUUUGUGGUGGAGCAAUAUUUGGAGAGAAUCUGGUACUCACUGCAGCCCAUUGCUUCGAAGAGAAUGACUUUAUAUACGCUAAGCGUCCACAAACAUUGCGUGUCGUAGCGGGCGCAUUAAAAAAUCAUUUGCGACGUGAAAAACUAUUCAAUACCCACGACCAAUGGAGGAGUAUAUCCAAGGUGAUUAUUCACGAAUAUUUUCAUUUUCCAAACAACGACAUAGCAAUACUGUUCCUUAGAGACCCCUGGAAAUUUUCUACCACAGUGCAUAGUGUAGCGCUUGCGGCGCGAUCAAAGGAUCAUUACCGCGAAUGCUGGACGGCCGGCUACGGAAGGGUGGGGUACGAAGUAGGCGACCAGGUGUCGGAAGAGUUGCUAAUCGCGCGCGUCAAGACUAUGCCUAGCUGGCAAUGUACCACAUUCUGGGAAAUGAAUAUGGACAAGUUCAUAUGUUCCGAUUCUACCAUAAGUGAUGUGAGUCAGGGUGAUUCGGGCAGUCCUAUGGUGUGCACUGCUGUCUCCAGCAACGACAAUCAUCCCAUAGUGGAAGGAAUAGUAUGUGGUAAAAACUUCGACAAGACAACAUUAUACACACGAGUAUCUUCGUUUCACGAUUGGAUCAGCAAAAACAUGGCUUCUAAAACACGAAAACGCUAUAUCAUGUUGAUCAUUACAAUGUUUUUAACAAAUUAAACAGUUCUAAUAUUAAAUAAAACAACGAGUAUGAAUAUAAAAUAAUUUAAUAAUAACAAACAAUAAUCUGCAUUUUAUAAAACACCGGCAUUACAUACCAUUAUAUUAUCGUAGUCAUCAUGCAAGUUUAUUUGUCAACAUCUUUACAUCCAGUCUAUGAAGUAAAAAUAAUACAGGUAGUUUAUGAAACAGAUUGCUGAGUGAGAUAAAUAAGAAGUUGAAACGACUGUAGUACGCAUAGACUUAUGCGGAAGAAGCAUAAAGAAUUAGUUUUCCUACAAUCUCGACAGCUAGCAGUC